CUCCUUGGCAGGCCGUCGCUUCUUCGCCCGCCAGCGAGCCGAGCGAGCGAGGCAGGCAGCCACCCAGCGGCCGCCGAGGCUCUCCCUCCGGCCGGGAAGGAACGGCGGCGGAGCGCUCGGCGCCUGCGGAGAACCGCCCUCCGCCUGCCCCGGAGCCGUGCAGAGGUAGAAAAUACCUUGGUAAUAUAUAAAUAAGAAAGGCAAAUGCUACAAAGGAUUCAAGAUGAUCCCUUAAAUUCAGAGGCCAACUGAAAACCAGUGCUAAUAUGUGCACAAUUUUGUGCCACAUAUUCAGGAUGAACCAGAUUUGAUUAUGCAAGCAAGACAGCAUUAAAGUAAUAAGGAAUGAUCUUACCAAGCACUGAACAAUCUUUAACCUCAGAAAAUGUCUGCUUGCAAUGCCUUCACUGAACAUGUGUGGAAACCUGGUGAAUGUAAAAAUUGCUUCAAGCCAAAAAACUUGCAUCAGACGCCUCCAGGCCCUGAAAAAGCUCCAGUCUCAAAUUCAAAUAUAAAAACCAAUGCAAUUCACAGCAACCAGCAUAAUAAGAAUACAGGAAAUUUUCGGCCACCUGUGGCAAAGAAACCCACCAUCGCUGUGAAACCCACCAUGGUGACAAUAGAUGGACAGGGUAUGUGUGGUGAAAUCACCUCACAAGAUCUUUGUGAGAACAAACCAGCUCUUGUAGGUUGGAAUCAAAAUAUAACUGCUUUGAAGAAAAAGCCAUUGAAUAAUAACAACAAUAAUGAAGAAGAGGAGGAAGAGGAGGUUGAAAAUUACAGUCAUAUUCAUAGAUCUUUUGGAAAUAACGAUGAUACAGAUAAAGCUCCAAGCAACAAUAAUGGACUCACUGAUGUAUUGAAGGAAAUUGCCGGCUUAGAUCAUUCAACUUUCCUAACAAGAAAUGAAAUUAAUUCAAGGGAAGUAUUCUUGGGACGAAUAAACACUUGUUAUAAGAAGUCAUUAGAAAGAAAGGUCCCUCCAAGUUGCCUGAUGGAUGGAACAAAGUCACAAAAUAAGCAUGUUGUUUUGAGUGGAACCACUGCUGUCAUAAGCAGUGAGGGUGGCCGUUUCUGCUAUCCUGAAUUCUCCAGCGGAGAUGAAAGUGAGGAUGACCUGUUUUUUGGCAGCAUCCAUGAUGAUCAUGAGAGCUGGGAUGAAAGUGACGAAGAGUUGCUAGCAAUGGAAAUUCGCAUGAGGGGACAGCCACGUUUUGCUAAUUUUAGGGCGAAUACGCUGUCACCUGUUCGAUUUUGUGUUGACAAGAAAUGGAAUACAGUGCCUUUAAGGCAUAAGUCUCUUCAGAGAUUUUGUGCAGUAGACUACGAUGACAGCUAUGAUGAAAUUUUGAAUGGCUACGGAGAUGACCCUGUAAUCCUUUUUGGACCAGAAGGCGUUCAGAGCAUGGUUUCAUCCGAUUCUAUGUCCCCUGAUUCUUCUCUGACUGAAGAAUCUCAUUCCGGAACGGCCAGCAGUUCUUCCCAAAAGCUUUGCAAUGGUAGAGUGUCUCCUAACAGUCCUAAAGGUAGCAGAUUAAUGGGAGGAGGAGGAGGUGAUAACAGGUUUUCUGAUGACCAACAAGUUAAAGUUUCAAUUAAAAACACUCAAAACACUACCCAGAUUGUAGAGACCCACAAAGCUGUGCUUGCUGUUAGACUAGAAGAAAAAGAUAGCAAGUCUGCUAUCCCCAGUGAUAAGCAAGAAUGGAAAAGUUCCUUAAAUACACCAGUUCAGACAACAACUACAAAUUUGAUCCCCGUGGAAGAACAAGCAAAGCCUUACAGAGUAGUAAAUAUGGAACAACCAGUGUGCAAACCUUAUACAAUAGUGGAUGUAUCAGCAGCCAUGACACAUGAAAGUAUAGCGAAUCGGGCAAAAAACCUGGAUACCAGAUACAUUCGGUCUAACCCAAAUUCACCAGAUCCCCUCAGUACAAAUGCUAUCCCCCAGUCUGUGUCAUGUGGGCAAGUAACUCCUAAUCUUAAAAAAUCCAACACUGCCAGAUACCAGGAAGUUUGGACUUCCAGUACAAGUCCGCGACAAAAAAUCGCCAAAGUGGAAUUAACUGCCAAUGUUCCAGGACCUUCUGUUCCUAUAAGGAGAAAUAUCCUUAAAUCGGCUCCCACUUCGCCUACGUCAACACACAUUUCUACAAAAACAAUCCCGGUCAAGUCCCCUAACUUGUCCGAAAUAAAAUUCAACAGCUAUAAUAAUGCCGGCAUGCCCCCCUUCCCGAUUAUUAUUCAUGAUGAGCCAACUUAUGCUAGAUGUUCCAAAAAUGCCAUCAAAGUUCCUAUUGUAAUCAAUCCCAAUGCAUACGACAACCUGGCCAUCUAUAAAAGCUUUUUAGGCACGAAUGGAGAGCUUUCCUUUAAAGAUAAGACCACUAGUAUCAUCAGCCAUACAUAUGAAGAGAUAGAAACAGGAAGCACCGUAUCUGAAAAUAUACCUACUAGGUCUGCAGAAUUACCCCAAGCGAAAGGUUCAGGCAGUAACACUGAGAGGAGGCUGGGCUCUGUAGCUCAGAAGGUUCAGGAAUUCAAUAGCUGCCUUGGAAAAGGUCAGGCUUCGCCCAAGAUGUCUUGUCGUGGCUCCCCAACAAAAAUACAAAGAACGUUUCAGGAGUCUUCAGCUGAAGUAGACGAUAAUCAGGAAAUAUCUAAUGGCGGUCGGGAAAAUGCCUGUGCAGUACUGUCACAGAUUGUAGCAUCAAUCCAACCUCCACAAUCUCCCCCGGAAGCCCCUCAGCCUGGCCCCAAGUCUUGCAGCGUUGAAGAACUCUACUCCCUGCCUCCUGAUGCAGACCCAGACAAGAGCACCUCAUUGCGACCAAAAUCCCUUUUUUCAGUGCAACCUCACCCUAAUGCUGAGGGAAUCAAAUCCACAGAAGUUGCGUCCAAGGAAAUCCCUUCCAAAUCCCCAAUCGUGCAGCCUUCAAAACCCAUGGCAUUGUCUCCGAGUCCCAAAACUGAACAGGCUCCCCCUUUCCCACCUCCCCGAUCCACCUCUUCACCUUAUCAUGCCAGCAAAGUGUUGCAGAAACAUUUCGGCAACUGGAGCAAGCCCCUGAGCCCAUCUAGAUCCACUGAGGCUGAAUCCGUUUUGCAUUCAGAAGGUAGGCGAGCGGUCGAUGCCAAACCAAAGCGAUGGAUAUCCUUUAAGAGCUUCUUUCGCCGCAGAAAGACCGAAGAAGAGGAGGACAGAGAAAGAGAGAAGGGGAAACUUGUGGGUCUUGAUGGAACUGUCAUUCAUAUGCUUCCGCCACCUCCUGUCGAACGUCACAAUUGGUUCAGUGAAUCCAGAUCAGAUUCCAGUGAGAAACCAUCCGUUGUUUUUAUGUUUAAAUGUGAUCAGGCAAAGUUGGAAACAAAAACCAAUCAAACCAAAACUGAAGUAGAGCCCACCAUUGAAGUCAUAACAGCAGAGAGGGGGGAGACCGAAAAUCAUCCGGAGACACCGGAAGAAAGCUUAAAGAGUCACCCCUCUUCACCCCAACUUCCAAAGGAAAUUCUCAGUCAAGUGCCUGAUGAGAAAACAAAACCUGUGGAAAAUGUGUCCCCUCCAAUUCCAAUUUCUGCAUUUGAAAAGCAGGAUGUUGACAGCCCUACAUUCUACACCCCAGAAAUAUUACAGUUGGAAGAUGAGAGAGAAGAAAUGUCUGAUUCUUCUGACGUGAGUGCCUGCAGUGCUACCUAUAGUAACUUGGGGCAAUCCAGAGCAAAAAUGAUGCCUCCAAAGCGUCCCCGGCAACUCAAAGGAGCUUUGGAGGACGCCAUAGUAUUUGGGGGAAUAUCCGAUCCAGAAAUAUCAGCCAUCUUCCAUCCCACCCCACCUCCCCUGCCAAAGAAGACCAUUUUGAGAGCACACACCGAACCACUCCCGAAAGACCUCCAGAAGCAGGCUGUUGAAAGUAGCCUCUGUGUGAUGGCUAACCCUACCUAUGACAUCAACACUAACUGGGAAGGAAGCAGCAUCUGCUCUUCUGUCAGCUCAGAUUUCAAGGCAGUGGACAAUGAAUCCGGGGAUUCUCUGGGCAGAGCCCCAGAAAAGGCAAUUCCAUCUACCACCAACCUUGCCGCUAUCAGUAUGAAGAGCAGUGGUUCCACCAGCACGGAGUCCGUCUCCGUUAGGCCUGUUGCCCACAGUAAGCAGGGCAAAGCGGGUCCAAAGCCCCAUCAGCUUUAUAGAGGCAUUGAAAACAGGGAAGAGGUUGUGAACAAGAUCAGAAGCCUCCACGCAGAUUCACUGAAGAAACUGUCGGCCAGAUGUGAGGAUCUUUUUAUGGCCGGGCAGAAAAAUCAACUUCGUUUUGGGGUAGACAGUUGGUCGGACUUCAGAUUAACCAGCGACAGGCCAUGCUGCGAGGCAGGAGACGCUGUAUACUACCCUGCUUCUUACGCAAAAGAUUCACUCAACAAUUAUGCAGUCAAGAUUUGUAAGAGCAGAGCUAAAGAAUCCCAGCAAUAUUACCACAGUUUGGCCAUUCGCCAGAGCUUGGCUAUUCAUUUCAACAUACAGCAGGAUUGUGGCCACUUUCUGGCAGAUGUACCUGUCCGUCUCCUUCCAUGGGAAGAUCCCGAUUCAGCGGAAGAAGAGGAUGAGGCUGAACAGAAGAGCGAAGAGAGCUCCUCUCCAUUGGACAAUUCCCAGGACAGUCCAGGUCCCCAAAGUACCUUCAGUAAGCAGCGCAGCAGAGUGGUUGUUAUUACCCGGGAGGUUCCCUACCUAUCAGUGGCCGAUUUUGUGCAAAAUUCUGUGGAGCACCACUCUAGAUGUCCCGAUCUGUACGAACGACAAGUGUGCCUGCUACUCUUACAGUUGUGUUCCGGUCUAGAGCACCUAAAACCCUAUCACAUCACCCACUGCGAUCUCCGUUUGGAGAAUCUUUUGCUGGUAGGCUGUCGGGCAAGCAAAAGCCUUCUGAACCCUGACCUGGCGGAGCUCAACCCCGGUGCUGCUUGCCCCACCCGGCUUUUGGUGAGCAAUUUCUCCCAAGCCAAGCAAAAGAGUCACAUGGUGGAUCCGGAGAUUCUGAAGGACCAGUCUCGCCUUGCCCCAGAAAUCAUCACCGCCAUGCAGUAUAAGAAAUGUGACGAAUUCCAGACUGGCAUCCUCAUUUACGAAAUGUUGCACCUGCCCAACCCUUUUGAUGAGAAUCCAGAGCUGAAAGAGAAGGAAUACACUUGGGCUGACCUACCCCAAGUCCCUCGCCGGUCACUUUAUUCCCUGGGGCUUCAGAAGCUGGCUGCUUGCCUGCUGAACCCCAACCCAUCCGAAAGGAUCCUGAUAUCUGAGGCCAAAAGCGUCCUCCAGUGUUUGCUUUGGGGUCCUCGGGAGGAUUUGUUUCAGAGUCUCAGGGCCUCUACUAAACCUUCCCAAAGGGAGGCCGUGCUCCAAAACUGGCUGGACAUCAAACGGACCCUGUUGAUGAUUAAGUUUGCCGAAAAGUCUUUGGACAAGGAAUGUCAAGUCAGCCUUGAAGACUGGCUUUGUUGUCAGUAUCUGGCUUUUGCCACUAUAGACUCGCUCAGUCGCAUAGUGAAAAUUAUGCGACAGCAUUAGUUUCCUAGGAGUGGUUUCUUCACUUGGAUAAGCCCAAAUCCUUUCCUUGGCUCAAGUUUCAUGCUGGGUUAACAUUCUUAUCUAGGUCUUGAGGUCACCAGCACUGAGCAAACAGAUUUCGACAGGAAGUUCCAUUUCCAGUCUUGCACGCAUGGGAGAGGUCUGAAAACCAUCACACCACUGUGAGUGGGCGAGGAAGGUGAAAAGGUAGUAAGGAAGCCAUUUAUUUCUGUUACGCCUGUUCUGAAGCAGACUUGCUAUAAUGACUGCGAACAGAACUGAGUCAGCACCAAUCGAGCACCAAAAUCUUUUUUUUUAAAAGAUCUCCCGACCCUGUGAUCUUUGUCAGCUUAUCCCAGUUUUUAAUCCAACUUACUAGACACAUUUCCUGGAUGCAUAGCUUUUACAGGAUUUGGGGGGGAGAGUCACAUUCUUGAUCUAGGCGAGAGAGAGAGGGAGAGAGAGAGAGAGAGAGCGCAGUGAUUUAAUGGUUCUCACUGCCCCCUGAAUAAUUAUCUUUCUCUAUAACAGAAAAAAAAACAGGUUAUAGAAUUGAGGGAUGAAAGAAUAGGGGUAGUUUUCCCACUCAGAUUUAGCCCCUGUCCACACCCUCUCCCUGAGUUCUCUUUGUAAAUGUAUUUUUCCUUUGUCAUUUUUUUAUUUGAUUUUUCAGAUUUAAUCAUCACCUCAAUAUACUGCCAACUACUUCCUUCAAUGCAGUGAGCAGGAUUAUUGAUGAAAUGUUAACAUAAUGUUGCUAACUAUGUGCAGCAUAAGAACCUAAGGGCAACUGAACCCCUCACGUAUUUUAAAAAAAACCUGUCCUUGUAUUAUCCAGUUGAUGUAUAUAUUAAUUCAAGGGCUGGUUGGUUUUUUUAAAAGUAUUCAGUAUUGCACUGCCGUUUUCCAAAGUGAAACCCAGCUCUGCUGACAGCUGCAAAUGUUUCUUAAAGCUCAGCUUGGUGUGAUAAGUAAGCUGCACAGCUAAAUAUAGGCUUUCCACAGGCAUGGUUCUGGGAAGGAAGUGGUCACAGGCGCAAAUAUACUGUGUGAGUUCUCUGAGAGCUGAUUGUUUGGGCAGACACAAUUAAAUUGUGCCCCAUUGCAGCUUCCUUUGGAAUUGACCUCAUAGCUGCUAUCAGGGUUUUUAAGUGAUUACUUUUGAAAUUCCAAAAUUGUAGAGAUAUCACUGACUCUUAUUGAUUCUGAAGAUGUUUUUGCACAUGAAGGUGACUUUAAUAGAGAAAUAUAACUGCCUGAAGGUGUGUUUGGCCUUUAGACCUCUCUCCUGACUUCCUUAACCCAUCACGCUGGCCUUUUCCUGCAGAGGCAGCUUAAUCCCACUGUAUCUAAUCUGUCUGCUCAGUAUGGUUAGGGUUGCUUGAAUUAGCUCUGAAACGGUGGAGCUGCUGACCAGUAUUGAAUUCCCAAAUCUGGGGAUGUAUGUUGGAACAUGGAUAGCUCUUGUGUUGAGCCUGUGCUUCUCUUCUGGAUAUAUGUGCAAUUUUUGGAUAUAUUAUAUGAAAACUGUUUAUGUUUACGUUACAUGACAGAUGUAACCAUAUAUUAGACCUGCCUUCUCUCUUUUUUUUUCUUACAAGGCACAUAGAUGCACAAAGUUGUGUGUUCCUUCUAUGGAUUGAUGUUUCUGUUUCUUUAUUGUUAAACUGUGACUGAUGGGUUUACUUCAGCCUUUGAGACAAAUAGCCACUUUGAACAGAAUAUUGCAGGUUUGGACCAGAAAUUAAAAGAUAAUCUGCAGAAACUACUUCUGACUCUAGGCUCAUGGAGUAGAAUGUGGCCCCUCACUUAAUGGAAACUGAGCCCACAUGGAAUAUGUGGUGGCUUCUUAAAAUGUUUGAAAUCUUUCUGCUUCCAUAUCACAUUGGAGAAAGUUCAACUAGAAUUCAGGACAAUGUGUGUGAAUGUUUUAUUACUUUAAAACAAAAGUGCAAAAAUUGUUUGCAUGUGAAGAGCCAGACACACCGGCCCCUAGACUCUGAGUUGUGGGUGUUGUACAAUUGACCACCAAAACAAGCAUUUGCUAUGAGUGCACUACAGAAUUGUUCAGAGAGUCAAAAACAUGAAUUAUGGUCCUGCUUGAAAUAAUGAAAAGUGACUAUAUACACUUUUGUGAGUGUACUUUGCUCACAGCCUGCUGCCUGCUCUUCACGCUGGGCUUUUUCUCCAAUUAGGUAUGCUUCUAAUUGAUAUCUGCAUGUACAUAAACAUUCAUUUAGCUUACUUACUUACCACCAUGGUAGGCUAUAUUCCGUAAGGCCACUUUACAUAGUUUUGCGUGUAAGAUAAUUGCAUUGUGUCCCUCUCGUGUUGAUAUAACCUGUAAAAUAGACUAUUGAAUGUUUUAAGAUGGCCAUGCAUAUUUUAUGCAGCAGCUCCCAAAUGUCAUAUGUUAUCUUUCAGAUAUUAUUAGCAUUGUGCACUCCAUUCAAGCAGAGGUAUGUGCUCACUGCCAUCUCUUCUUUAUAUAAUAGUAGCUGAACUUUGAAAAUGAAGGAUAAUAAUGCGAUUGCUCUGUAUCAGUGAGUAUUUGUGUGUGCGAGUGUGAUAGAGGGAGGGAGGGAAGGGAGAUGCAGAGGGAUAUAGUACAUAAAGAUACAAUAUAGCCGAAGCUUCCAGGUUUGAUGGAUCCUGGGACCACUUUUGCAAACAAUCCUAUUGAAACCCAGUUGCCAUAUGGAUAUUCUGCCAUUUAAGAGAUCAGCCAGUCCAAACCCAUUAGACAAAUAAUAAACUGGGGAAAAAUGUUGCAGUAUCAUUUCUGAACAAAAUGAAAUUCCUCCUUGUUUGUAUAAUUAGCUGCUGUGAUCAUAAAGCAUUAACUUAAAUAUAAAAAGAUACUUUUACUACAUUUUAAAUACAUGUGUUAAUGGAGUGCAAGGGAUUGUGAUUUUCAAAUAGCCAUACUGACUGUAAAUAGAUAUUUUUCUUACAUAGAUAUAUUUACAAAUUGUAAAUAUAUUUUUUGGAAAGCUGCUGCUAAAUUUAUAUUAGCACAAUACCUACAAUUUUCCUAAUGGCAAACAAGAAUUAUCUGAAAUUCAUUUUAAAUUUAAACAUUUGAAUACAUCUUUCCUGGAACAGUGUCAUUAAUCUUUUCUGGGGUGGCAGCCCGGAUCAGUAAUUAAGUGUGCUAAGAACAUUGCCUCGUCACAGAUAUAAAGCUGUUAAAAGGAGAAUUCUGUGGUGGGAAUUACCCAGUGCCAGCUACGGAUUUAAUAAUAAAGCCUAUAAAAAAAGAGAAUAAAAUUACCUGUUCUGCAUGAAACCAACAAUCUCACCAAAAGAGCACUAUUUGGUUAUGUUAAUUCAAGAGUUCUAUUGACAUCAUUGAAAAAGAAAAUGAAAUAGUAGCAUCUUCCAAAUCUGCAAUUUCUAUAGAAUAAAGCAAGACACGGUUUUAAAACUGUUUAGGUAAAAUAAAACUGGGGAAAUUGAUUCCAUUUUUCAGAUGGCAACCAAUAGGGAGGACUAACUGCUGCUAAUACUGUUAAAGACGGAUCAGGCCUUUAUCUUAUUUACACAGUGCUGUAAAACCUAAAAUGUGGAGAGCAGCAAAGUCCA